AAAAGAAAAACUGCCCAAGCGUGCUCUAUAUGGAAUCUGGAUCAGCUGUAGCUAGUUAGUGAGUUCCUGCAAGUAACACAUAAAACACUACAGCUUCAAAAACACUUCUAUCCCUUUUCUGGAACAGAAUACACUGGAACUUCAAUUAUACUUUUUUAAUUAAUUUAAUUAGUUUGGUUAACUGUAUGGAAAAGUUCGAUUUUCUAAUGCAGCUUGGAUCUAACAAGGGAAGGCAGAAAAGCAGUCUUCACUAGAAUGACAGAUUAACAAAACACAAUACUGGGUAAUGCAAGAAGCGAAAGCAAGUUGACUUUUGGAUUUUCAAUCUACUACAGAAGCAAAGCAUCGAUAAGGUUUGUUUGUUGUCUUUUCUGAAAUCCAUCACAUUCACUUCAAAAUGAAGAUAUUUACAUGGACUUUGGGUAUGGUAUUAUUUCUACUACUGUCUACAGGCCAUUGCAGAGAACAGGCUGCACUCAAAGUAUCCCAGAAGAGGCAUCCUCGUUCAACAGAUGGUGGAGAAGAAGGGAAAAAAUGUGGUUACACAUUCCUGGUUCCUGAACAAAAAAUAACAGGGCCAAUUUGUGUAAACACUAAUGGACCACGUUCUGAUAACAGAAAAGAUGAAGUCACAAGGAUGGACAUAGAAAAUCUAAAGGAUGUACUAUCCAAGCAGAAACGGGAGAUUGACGUCUUGCAACUAGUGGUGGAUGUAGAUGGAAAUAUUGUGAAUGAAGUAAAAUUGUUGAGAAAAGAAAGUCGUAACAUGAACUCUCGAGUCACUCAACUUUACAUGCAACUCUUGCAUGAGAUAAUCCGAAAGCGAGAUAAUUCUCUUGAGCUUUCCCAACUGGAAAACAAAAUCCUCAAUGUUACAACAGAAAUGCUGAAGAUGGCAACAAGAUACAGAGAGCUCGAAGUAAAAUAUGCAGCACUGACUGAUCUUGUAAACAAUCAGUCCGUGAUUAUUUCUUUAUUGGAAGAACAAUGCUUGCGGGUAUUCUCACGACAGGACACACACGGGUCCCCACCUCUUGUUCAGGUGGUACCACAGCACAUACCUAACAGUCAGCCCUAUACACCUGUGCUUUUGGGAGGUAAUGAAAUUCAGAGAGACCCAGGUUAUCCUAGAGAUAGAGAUGUAAGACCACCACCUGAUCCAGCUACUUUUCCAACAAAAAGUCCAUUUAGGAUACCACCACUAGCUUUAAUUAACGAAGGCCCAUUCAAAGACUGUCAACAAGCCAAAGAAGCUGGGUAUUCCAACAGUGGAAUUUAUAUGAUCAAACCUGAAAACAGCAAUGAGCCAAUGCAGUUAUGGUGUGAGAACAGCCUGGACCCUGGAGGCUGGGCAGUUAUUCAGAAAAGGACAGAUGGAUCUUUCAAUUUCUUCAGGAAUUGGGACAGUUACAAGAAAGGAUUUGGCAAUGUUGAUGGAGAGUACUGGCUGGGACUAGAAAAUAUCUACAUGCUUACCAAUCAGGACAAUUACAGGUUGUUGAUUGAACUAGAAGACUGGAGCAAUAAGAAAGUUUAUGCAGAAUACAGCAGUUUUCGCCUGGAGCCUGAAAGUGAAUUUUAUAGGUUACGUCUGGGAACUUACCAAGGAAAUGCCGGGGACUCCAUGAUAUGGCACAAUGGAAAACAAUUUACAACACUAGACAGAGACAGAGAUAUGUACACAGGAAACUGUGCCCAUUUCCACAAAGGAGGCUGGUGGUACAAUGCCUGUGCACAUUCUAACCUUAAUGGAGUGUGGUAUAGAGGAGGCCAUUACAGAAGCAAGUAUCAGGAUGGGAUUUUUUGGGCUGAAUAUCGAGGAGGUUCAUACUCCUUGAAAGCAGUUCAAAUGAUGAUCAGACCAAUUGACUGAGUGGGGAGAAGUUAAAGCUCUAUCAUGCUCAAGUGAUCAAAUAGAAAAAAAACCGAAAAAACUUUUCAGUGCCUGGAUUCCAGAAAAAGUUACAUUUAGACCCUUAUUUUGCACAAUUUAGCUCUGCAAGAUGCGGAGCUACAAGUAUAUUUUGUUUGGGUUUUUUGCUCUUGUCUUCUUAAAAACUUUCUUACUGUGAGACAGCAUUUGUUACCUAUACGAGCUUGUAAUAACAUACAAAACAUGCAGGAAUUCCACCUGCAAUAAAUAUUUAUCUUUGUCCAAGUCCAAAACACAUGUAGUCAUUAAAGCUACUAAAAAAAGAUUUUCCAGUUGAAAUACAAGCUAUGAGCUUCUUCAGAUACGUUCAACCAUUUAUAUUUAAUGUGUGAAAUGAUUUAGUUUAAAUAUGAAAAUUAUUCCAUUUCAGUUAUUUAACAAUUUAUUUAAAAUCUUUAUUAUAGGACUACUACUUAUAAAAAAACUGAUUUCACAUUAUUAUUAUUUUGAUAUUUACAUAUGCAAAUGAACUUGCAUCCUAAAAAAAGACAAAAAUGAGGCACACACUAGAUUUGUCUGAAGAAAUAUAUUUUGCACCAGUUAUUUCAAUAUGGAGUUGCAAAUUAAGCAUAAAAUAAAUGUCAACGGCAUAGAAAACUCCUUCUAGAACGUGUGCAUCCUGCCCCUCAGCACACUUACAUAACAAUGUUCCCUGCAUGAUAAAUGAGAAAAAAGUAAGAAUGAAGUUAUAAUAAAACAUAUACUUUUAAGAAGGUGCAAAAAUGAAUUCCUUAGUGCUCAUAUCUUCCACUUGCUUUGGUAUUCAACACAUCUGGCAGACAGACAGUGCUAUGGUACGUACUACUCCACUAAACAUGAAACACUUUCCUAAUAGCUUGAACUCAAACAUAAGAGCAAAAGCGGUAUAAAUAAAAAAGGGCAAAUUAGAGCAUGAUACACAGAGGAUCUCAACAUCCCUCUAAUUGCAACCUCAUCUCAUUUCCCAAAGAGACGUCAACAUUAUUUUGGUAAUUUUUUUUUUAUUUAUUUAUUUUACUUUUAUUCAUUUCUGAUUUGAACAAAAUCCUGCAGUUUAUAUUAUGCCAAUAUGUAUCAAUUUGUUUCUAAACUCUGUAUAGAUACCCUCCAUGGGAUGUUUAUGUUUUUCUAGAUAGGCAAAGGAAGCUGAUAUGCAGCUGUAAACCAACCUUCAAAGCAAAACUUAAAUAUUUUUUUGUUGUUGUUUUA